CAUCGGAGAGCGACGCUCGUCUGGCAGGCAGAGCCGGCGCGUCAUUAACGUCAUCAUCGCCCGACCGCUUUCAGAGAGACAGGAGUGGAAGGCUCCCGAGUUGGUCAUAAUGGCAGGUGAAGAAAUUAAUGAAGACUAUCCAGUAGAAAUUCAUGAGUAUUUGUCAGCGUUUGAGAAUUCCAUUGGUGCUGUGGAUGAGAUGCUGAAGACCAUGAUGUCUGUUUCUAGAAAUGAGUUGUUGCAGAAGUUGGACCCGCUUGAACAAGCAAAAGUGGAUUUAGUUUCUGCGUACACAUUAAAUUCAAUGUUUUGGGUUUAUUUGGCAACUCAAGGAGUGAAUCCUAAGGAACAUCCAGUAAAGCAGGAAUUGGAAAGAAUCAGAGUGUACAUGAACAGAGUCAAGGAAAUAACAGACAAGAAAAAGGCCGGAAAGCUGGACAGAGGUGCAGCUUCAAGAUUUGUAAAAAAUGCCCUCUGGGAACCAAAACCUAAAAACGCAUCAAGAGUUGCCAAUAAAGGAAAAAAUAAAAAUUAACCUUUUGGUUUUGAUGUAUACAUAUUCAACAAGUACAUCAUAUUUAUUGUUUUACAAAAUACAUGAUUAUGUGGCAAUGCAAGAUUUGAAUGUAUUCCUUUUAAAAUUCACAUAUAAAUUUAUCCUUUAAAUUUGUAAUGCUAAAUACUUGUCUUUAUUGAUUUUCCUGUAGAGCACCAUGAAGUUUUUAACAUUGUGAUAUAUAUUUUAUAUUUAUAGUUUACCAUCUCUUUUGAUGAGAUACUUCUUCCCUUAUGUUGCUCAAUCUUGAAAGUAUCCCUUUAUAAGCAACUGUGAAAUUUAAGUUAAAUGUUCUUUGUAAACAUUUGUACUAUUUUAAAUGAAUAAUGAUCUUAUGAAGUAUGUUAUCUGUAGCUGAAGUUGUAAGUACAUCUGUUUUCAUUAUGUGAUAUUAAGAAAGAAUGAAAUGACUUAAAGGUCCACUUUUUUGUGUGUAGUUAAUUCAUCAUGUUUUCAUGAUUUUAGGAAUUAUUGCUUUUUUGAUAUUCAAAGAGUGAAAUUAAAACUAAGAUUGUACUUUAAUUCUUGGCUUGUUGCCUCUGUGUCCCAUUUAAAAUAAAAUAUAUUCUAAUUAACUUUAGGUGGAAAAUAAGGUUGUAUGUUGAUGGCUGAAUUUUGGCCUGAUGGCUGUAUAAUAAAGGCUGUCGACGUGUAGUCGACCUGGUUAUUCUUCUCAUUUGAGUAAAUGUGCCUUCCAAAUUAGGAAGAUAAGUUUUAGAAGUCAUGUUGAAUAGAAAAAUUCAUGAGUUUUUGUUCUUCGGUUCUCCUGGUCUCAUUUUUUCAGAUUAUUUGAUUACAUGUGGUUGAGGUUCCAUCAAGCACAUAUAAGUGUUUUUGGAACAGCUUUCUUUGUUAUAUAAUGCCACUUAAGCAGAGGAGAAAUCCAAAGGAGAUUACACUAUGUUCAUGUUCUGAUUUAUUUUUCUGGUAUAUUUGUUUCAGAGAAUUCUACAUAUUAAACCUUUUUUUAAUGUCUAUGCCCAUGAAUUUUAAUUAUAUGCCCUUAAUGCUUUCAUUCUUUGAAUCCACAUCAUUAUGUGCAGGAUUGCCAAGUACAGUAAAGUACUUUAAUUUUUGAAAAAAGGAGUUGUUAAAAUUUUCUGUGUGAUUAAUUCUCUAUAAGUAACCUUGAAUAAAUGGAUUUCUUGAUUUAUGGUAGCAGA